UCCACCCUCGUGCUGCUCUGCUCCGUUCUCGUCUGUCUCCUGAUGACCCGACCGACCCACGCCGAUAUAGGCUCCUGCGUGAGAAACUGCGGCCAGUGCAAGAGCAUGUACGGCCGGUUCUUCCAGGGCACCGCCUGUGCGGACGCCUGUCUGGCCGGAAACGAGGGCCCCGACUGCGUAAACCCGUCCAUGGUCUCGCGCUUCAUGAAGCGCCGCUCGGCACCGCUCGCUGUUCAAGACGCCUCCUCCGGCGGCAAAUACGAGUACUACGGCCUGGACGGCCAGCCGGCGGUCCCCGGAGCGUCACCACUCCUGUAGGAACCGCGGCAUGUUCACGAUCUCGUCACGGGCGUCAGCCAGUGCCUGGGUCGGGACGUCUCAUCAGCUGCCUUUGUCACUAGCUGCCAGACCGUUCAUAUGAUCUCGGUGUACAGUGGACCCAGUCCGUUGGGCAUUGCUAUGCAUUGCUGUGGUUUGAACUUAUUGGUGUGAAUUAUGAAAUAUAGCAUGAUUGUUCAGCAAACA